UAAUGAAUAACAUAUUAAGUGAUACUCUACCUUAUUUGCCCAAGGAUUUUCAAGGAACUGAAAAUGAAGAAGGACAGUUAAGUGAUUAAUAAAAAGUGAAGUAAUCCUAUUUAAAUAUAUCAAAGAUUGGUGAAUUUGGGCAUGAUGACUCCAAUGAGUAACACUUUGACUUAUGAUUUUGAACAAAUGACUUUGGACACUUCACCAAAGGAGAGUGAAAUCAAUAAUAAAUAUUAUGCAAAUAUUGACACCAUAAAUGAAUAAGAAGAAAAUAAAUGCAAAUUAUAAGUAGAUUUCAUCAUAUAUAUAUUAAGAAAUAUCAAAGUUUCAAGAUAACAAAAGAAUAAAUUAGGAAAUCUCCAAAGCAUAAAACUUGCUAACCAUAACAGACUGUACCAUAAUUAGAAUUAGGAGAAUAAAAUUUAGAAUGUCAAAUAGAUUAAUAAUCACCAGUCACCUCUUCAAUGAAUGCCCAGACAUUGAAAUUUAUCAAAGAACUCUGGAAUUCAGAUAAGAGUGAAACUGAAUACUUUAAUGAGAUGGUUGAUUAGAAAAUACCAUAUCUAAAUUAACCUAUCUAUUCUCCUUUAAUGGAUUGUCAUAGUCCCAUAUAUGAACCUGAUAUUGAAAUGGAUUUAUAUAUAACAAGUUUAGUGGUGAGAUUUUAAAUUCUAUUUUAGGAUUAAGUAUGGGGUAAUUAGAUAGUCAGUAGGAAAUUAUAGAAAAUGAUAGAGUCAGGAUCAAAUGAGUAAAAGGAAUUGAUUGUAUAGAAAUUAGAAAGAGUUACACCUUAAGUAGAAAAGGACAUAUUCGGCAAUUAUGUUGUUUAAAAGAUCUUUGAAUGCAGUAUAAUAAUAAUAAUUAUAUAGCCAAUAAUAAAUUAUAAUAGAGGAUGUUCAAUAAAUUAAAGCCUCAUUUUUAUGAUUUAUCUAAAAAUACUUUCGGCUGUAGAGUAAUGUAGAAAUUGAUCGAAUAUACUUAUAAUCGAAAUGAUUUAUAAAUCAUAGUCUUGUAAUAAUUACAAUCAAAUAUGCGAUCUUUGAUUUAUGAUUUAAAUGGAAAUUAUGUGAUUUUCAAAAUGCUCGAAACCUUUGAUAAAUUAAAAAUGGAAUUUAUGAUACCUUUAAUUGAAGAAUCAGUAUUUCAUUUAUAUUAUUAUUUUUAUAGUUCAAUUAUAUGGGAUAACAAAUUUAUGGUUGUAAAAUUAUUCACAAAAUGAUUUAACAAUAUUCUCAACAACAAAUUGCUAAAAUUAUUAGAUUAUCUGUCUAAAAUUACAAUAUCUUAAGUUAAACAGAAUAUGGAAAUUAUGUAUUAUAACAUAUUCUUUAAUACUGGAUCCCAAGUCAAGAGAAAACCUAUUUAGUUCAAUUAGUCUUACAACAGUUCUUUUAACUUAGCAUUAAUAAAUAUGCCAGGUAUACUUAUUAUAUAAAGUUAUUAGUAAUACUGUUGAACGAGCAUUAGAGGCAUUGGGAAAGCUAGAAUUAAUUUCUAUUAUGAAAUGGCUACUUUGUAGAAGUCCUAAUCAAUAAUAGUAUAUAAUAUUUAUGAUAAUCUUAUAGCACAAGCAAUUUCGUUGUAUUAGCUAAUCAUCAAUAUGCAAAUUAUGUAAUCAAGAAAUUCUUAGUGUUAAGUGAUCAUAAUGUAUUAAAAUAUAUCUCAGAUCACUUAAAAUAAAAUUAAUAUGAAUAAACUGCAAUUAAAUCUACUGUUCAUGGUAAUUAUUUACUUUAAAUUUAGGUCAAAGAAUAAAUAGCUUCUUAGAAAAGCAAAUUUAAAAUUGACCUU